UUUCCUUUUUCCUCUCCUCUCGUUAACACUCUCUUUCUGUCUCCUGAAGGACAUCGGGCGGACGACCAGCGGUCCUGAGAUCAACAGCGCUUCAGGAGAAGUGUCCAUCACGUACAGCAGCUCCACCCAGUGUGCAGCUGAUCCUGCUCAGAACUACACCUCCACCAUCAUCUUCACCUGCCAGAGGGGCCUGGAGCUGGGCUCUCCUCAGAUGCUGAGGCUGCAGCAGUGUGUGUAUCUGUUCGAGUGGGCGACCCCUCUGGUGUGUUCGGACGCCACACACACCGACACCAGCGGCUGCCAGCUCACUGACUCCCAGCUGCAGUUCACCUUCGACCUCUCCAUCCUCUCUGGCCAAGUCCAGGUGCCUGUGAACUCCAGCAUUUACCACAUCAACGUCUGCGGCUCAGUGACAGAGCCGGCCUGUAAGCAGAGUGCCGUCUGCAGGGUGUCUGGUUCUGGUUCAGACCAGUCCGCCUCGUCUUUUGGGAUCAGCAAGGCCAUGACGAUGGACUUCAAACACGAUGAGGAGGCUGUGCUGAUGCAGUACGGAGGGGGGGAUCCGUGCCCACCAGUGACAGAUGGCGGCGACGUGUGUUUGUUCCCCUUCACCUUCAUGAAGAAGUUGUACACCGAGUGCACCAAAGAUGGGAGGUCUGACGGCAGGAUGUGGUGCGCAACGACAGCCAACUACGACACGGACAAGAAGUGGGGGUUCUGCAACGCAGCCUCUGGAAAGCGCCAGUCCUCCAUCCUGUUCAGCUGCGAUCAGUCGGAGGGCCACGGCUCUCCCAAGCUGCUCUCAGAGACGGCGGGAUGUUCGGCCACCUUCCAGUGGCGCACCAGCGCUGUGUGUCCUCCCGUGAAGAUGGAGUGUAAGCUGGUCAGCCAGCAUCAAACCUUCGACCUGCGGACCCUGUCCUCCCUCACCGAGCCCUGGAGGUUCAGCCACCACGGAGACUCGUACUACAUCAACCUGUGUCAGGGGAUCCACGGCGGGCUCACAGGAUGUCCUGAAGGAGCCACUGUGUGCCGGCGCACCGCAGCAGGAGCCACACACACUCUGGGGAAGGUUUACACCCAGCAGAUGACCUACACUGGUGGGUAA